GUUAUGUCGUCGUUCCACCUUAAGAUUAAUUUCGUUUUGUCGAUUUAAUAAUAGAAAAUCAUAAUCGAGAGAAGGAAAAAAAGCAAAUUAUUUAGUUAGGCGUUACGCGUUCAGCUGUGAACAUGAUCGUGUUGCUAACGUUAGUGAUCGGUGUCGUCACCGUUCUGUAUUUAAUUUUGCGUCGUAAAAUGAACUAUUGGCAAGACCGUGGCAUUCCAUGUCUGGAACCAUCGUUACUGGUCGGCAAUCUGGAUGGUGUUGGCCAGAAAAUCCACAACAAUGUCAACGUUCAAUUGGUCUACGAAAAUUUCAAAAUCAACCAUAAAGUUUGCGGAUACUACUUGUUGCAGUCGCCACUCCUUAUCAUUUUGGAUUUGGAUUUGGUAAAGAGCAUACUGAUCAAGGAUUUCAAUAAUUUCGUGGACAGAGGCAUGUACAACAAUCCCGACGAAGAUCCACUUUCCGGCCAUCUAUUGGCAAUCGAGGGCGCCAAAUGGCGGAAUAUCCGAAACAAAUUGAGUUCGACAUUCACCAGCGGCAAGAUGAAAAUGAUGUUUCCGAUAAUUCAGUCGUAUUCGCACGAUUUGGUUAAUUUGGUGGAACAACUAUCGACAAAGGACACGAAAGGUUUCGACAUAAAAGCAGUCUGUACAAGAUUUACGGCUGAUGUGAUUGGUUCGUGCGGUUUCGGCCUUGAAUGCAAUGCACUUAAAGACGAAAAUUCCGAAAUGCUGAGAAUGGGCGAAUUUUUCGAUCUCCGAGAUCCGUGGGUUCGUUUGAAUUUCUUUUUCGUGAACGUGUUUCCCAACUUUGCUAAGCGAUUUAAGAUGAAAGUGACACCGAAAUUCAUAGUCGAUUUUUUCAUGCCAGUAAUUAAACAGACGUACGACUAUCGUGUGAACAGCGACGACGUUAAGAGAAACGACUUUAUGUCACUGCUCAUACAAAUCAUGAAGAGUGGUCAAGUUCGUCAUGGAGACGGUACCGAAGCGAUGACAUUCAAUGAACUAGCAGCGCAGGCGUUCCUAUUUUUCGUGGCUGGCUUUGAAACAAGCAGUACAACCAUGACAUUGGCUUUGUACGAGAUAGCAUACAGAAGCGAUAUUCAAGAGAAGCUGAGAAAGGAGAUCGUUGAGGUGGAAAAACACCACAAUGGUGAAAUUACGUAUGAAGCAAUCGGUGAAAUGACUUAUCUGGAUCAGAUUGUUAAUGAAACAUUGCGACUGUAUACGCCAGUCAGUCAACUGUUCCGAAUAUGCAUCAACGAUUACAAAGUCCUUGGCACGAAUUUCGUUAUUCCAAAGGGAAUGCCAGUCAUGAUCCCAGUUCAUGCCAUACACCACGACUCCAGAUAUUAUUACGAUCCCGAGGUCUUUAAUCCAGACCGAUUCAGCCACGAAGAACUUAAGAAGCGGUCACAUUACUCGUUUCUACCAUUCGGUGACGGUCCGCGUAAUUGCAUGGGCAUGAGAUUUGGUCAAAUGCAGGUCAAAUUGGGCAUUGCAACGAUGAUAAAAAAUUUCAAAUUUUCCUUUCACGAGAAUACAACGUAUCCACUCUGGUUGGAUACCAGAGGUGUUAUGCUCAUGCCACUGCAUCCCAUUCGAUUAGUUGCGGAAAAAAUUUGAUUUAUUUCAACGACCGCGACCAUGAUGAUAUAACCGGACUAUUCACUUCAUCUGACUGGUCUGGUCACUGAGCUGAAUGUUACAUUCAGCCACAUUUAGUGGUUGGGUUCAAGAUGUAAGAAAUUGAGAUUUCUAAAUUUUUCACUUAAAACGGAAAUUUACGGCAGUGUUAAUCGAUUUUUAUUGACGUCUCAUUUCGCCAAUCGAAUCAACUGAACAUAUUUGUUUAGAAACAGUUCUCCCAUUAAAACUGUGACUGUCCUCCAAAAAGGUUAAACGAUGUUUUACGAUUGCUUUAACGCAAGCCACAGUGAAAACAUUGUCAGCGUGUUGAGGUUCGAAUAAU